AUGGCCAACCCGUCGCAGUGCCUGGAGGAGGGCGGCGGGCGCUGGCCGCCGCGGCCGCCCGGGCCGUACAGCGAGGCGCAGCGGCUGGCGCUGGAGGAGCUGGUGUCGGGCGGCCCCGAGGCGCUGCGGGCCUUCCUGCGGCGGGAGCGGCUGCCGCCCUUCCUCUCGGAGCCCGAGGUGCAGGCCAUCGCGCGGGGCGCCCUGCCGCCCGCCGCGGGCCCGGAGCCGGCGGGCGAGGCCUCCCUCGACGCCUCCUCGCUCACCUACUUCCCCGAGCGCUCGGACCUGGAGCCGCCGGCGCUGGAGCUGGGCUGGCCGGGCUUCGCCAGCGGCGCCUUCCGCGGGCUGACGCGGGUGGAGGCCCACUUCCAGCCGGGCUGCGGGGACAGCAUCUACGGCUGCAAGGAGGCGGUGCGGCGGCAGAUCCGCUCCGCUCGACAGAUGAUUGCCCUGGUGAUGGAUUCCUUCACAGAUACCGAUAUCUUCAAAGACCUCUUGGAAGCUUGUAGCCAGCGGCAAGUUAAAGCCUAUAUCCUCCUAGAUCAGUCUUCGUUUUCCCACUUUCUGAAAAUGUGCAAGGAUCUGGGAGUUGACCUGGAACAGGAAAAGCUGAUGAGAGUUCGAACUCUGACGGGGAACACGUACUACACGAGGUCGGGUGCCAAAAUUGUUGGAAAAGUCCGUGAAAAGUUCAUGUUAAUCGAUGGCAUCAGAGUGACAACAGGCUCCUACAGUUUUACGUGGACAGACGGGAAGCUGAACAGCAGUAACAUUUUGAUCCUGUCAGGCCCCGCAGUCGCCCACUUCGACCUGGAAUUUCGGAUUCUUUAUUCACGCUCCAAGCCAAUCAACCUCAAAGAGUUAUCCAGCUGCCGGAAGAGCAGGGUGUUGGACCAGCUGGUCAGGAUAACUGUGGCUUCCAGAGACUUGACCAGGGAAAACUCCCUGAGAAUGGAGUUUUUGUAUCUUAGAGCAUUCGUAGGAAAUCUGAAGAGGAAGCGGAGCUGGCUGCACGCCUCAAGGGAGGCGCUCUACGUGUCGAGUAACGCAGUGCACGCCUCUCCGCCGCUGACCAAGAGGAAUGACUCCCUGGUUAUGAGGCCACACUGGAUCGUAGAGAGAUGAAUUGCACAGUGGAGGGAGCAGCAGAACCUCAGGAACUGUGUCCAGCCAUCCACGCCCAGGACUGUCUUACAGCAUCUUUGUGAGGGCGGAUGGGAAACAAACCUCAAGCUGAGAGAAAGCGAUACUGGGAUUGUGGUUUCAUUUGAAGACCACCAUAAUGCAGAUCAACAGAUACAAUCAUGGUAUUAUCUUAGGCUCAGAUGUGUUUUUCAAAAAAAAAACCCAAACUCUUAACACCUGGAAAGCCAUUACUGACUUCUGGUAUUCUGUCAGAUUUUCAUUUUUCAACGUAUUCUUACAUGUUUAAAGCUGAUGGAUUAGGAGUGUCUUAGCUCAGUAGCUCAAUCUUCUUUUUUUUUUUUUUUUUUUUUUUUUUUAUGGAAUCUAGGUGUAGAAACUUAUAUUGCUUAAAGGUCUUCCAAGGAUGAAUAGCAGGACUGCUGUGGGGCUCUGAAAUCAGGCCAAGCUUAGUCUUGUGUUGCACAAACUCUCCACGAACUGUUUCAUGACACAGAACUGCAGUAACCAUCAUCUAGAAACUAGUAGAUUGGUACUGUGCUACUAGUACUCAGACCUUACAUUUUCCUGCUGUGCUCCUGGGCAGAACAAGGGAAAGCAUCAGGCAAAUGAUUGAAUUUCAAAUGACCUUUGCUUUAUAAUUACAGGAAUACUUGGAUUGCUGGACAUCAAGCAAUAAAUGCAUGCAAGGGAUAGUAUUCUUAAGAAUCUCCUAUGUUUGUAGUAAAGACAAAGAGACCAUUUUCUUGGCAUUACUAUGCAUAUGUUUUGGUUUCUUUAUGGUUGCUACUGCUGUCUGAUCUUAUGGGAAAAGUUGAGUAGAUCUGAAAUCUAUGAAGCUACCCCUACUUCUCAAAAGCCUUACUUCUGCCAGACAUGCAAUAACAUGAAAGUCAGAAAUAGAACCAUUUAUUUUUAUGGUUUGAUGCAAGCUUGAUGAAAAAAAAAAUAAAAAUCCAUCCAUUUCCAGAGAAGAACAAAAAAUCCCAGAUGAAGAACUAUCCUCCCAGGAGCCUGCCAGUGCAGAAACUCUUCUUAGUCCAACCACGGCAGCUGUGAUGAAAACAAAGGUGCACUAUUGCUCAAGAUGUUCUUGAGGCUUUUGCUACUGCAAAACACUUUGGUAUAUGCUUGUGCGAGUGUCUUGUGGGUCCUGGGCUUCAAAGGGAAAGGUUAAAUCUUAGCUGGGGAAUUUCAUAUGGGUCUCUGCCACACAUCAGCAGGACAACAUUAAACUGGACAUGUGGAGCUUAGAAAAAUGGUCUUUAUGGGCAAUGCAAUAAUAUACUGAUUAGGGUGCAACUAAUCUGUGCCCUUUUUCUUCGGCGCUUGCAAUCGUGGAAAUAUAAUAGUUCUAACUCCUAAUUUGUUCAAUAGUUCUAACUUUUAUCCAGAUGUAAAGAAGUUUGAAACACAAAUUUUUAUUCUUCUGUAUUUUCCGUAAACACAAAAAAACCUCAGUGUCAUACUCUAUGCAAAAUACUGUUUGUGAAGUCUUAUUUUCACAAUUAUUAUCUGUAUAUGUUUUCUCAAAUACAAUUUUUUAACUUUGUUACUUUGUUACUCCUCUCAUUGUUUUAAUAGGCAGGUCUUUCCAUGUGCCAUUAGUAGGGCUUUUUCUCAGCCGUUGGUAAUAUAUUGAUGAUAAACACAGCUCUUACCACAGUAUUUUGUAUUUUUGAUGGAGUGGACUUAAUCUGAAAAGUACACAGAAAUAAAUCACUAGAAUUUUAA